UUGACUCAUUAAAAACUGAUUAUUUUCAUUCUUUCAAGUCUCUUAGCUCGUUGUCUAUCUCAGAACAGGGUAGAACAUUUUAUAUAGAGGAACGUGCGUUCAACAACAGCAAACUGCUAAGUCUAGACCUAUCAAAGAACACAUUGACUACUAACCGCCUGCAUGAACAUGCAUUUUGUGGAUUGGAUCGGUUACUAAAACUAGAUCUGUCUAAAAGUAAUUUCUUUAAAAUGGAGGAAAAACUAAAUAAAACGCUAGCCCCUCUGACAUCUCUUGAAGUAUUGAUGCUGUUGGAUUGUAAUUUACAGAACCUACCUACUGUCACCAGACAUUAUCAUAAUCUUACUUAUUUAGAUGUUGGCUGGAAUCUGAUUAAAUCCUGGCCAACUGAGUUCUUUGAAAGGAACAUUAAAUUGACAGAAUUAAAUGCAGCCCAUAAUUUAAUUCAGACUGUUACAAGUAAAAUGCUGCCUGAAGUGUUUAUGACAAGAUUGAAAAAAAUAUCUUUAAAUGAUAAUCCGCUCGUAUGUAAGUGUGAAUUGGUUUGGUUGAUUCAGUGGAUUCAUAAGGAACCAUCCAAGUUUUGGGAUUAUCCGGACGGCUAUAGAUGUCUGAAUAUAACGGAGAGAAUUUGUUUGAAUAACACCGGAGCGUUUAUCUCUGUGACAACAGUAACAUGUUUUUUUAUCUGUGUUAUUUUGAUCGCUUCUGUUAUCAACAAAUAUAUCUGGCAUAUUAAAUAUCAUAUUUAUAUGUGGAGAUACAGACCGAAACAGCUGCUGGAUAUUGCAGAGAAACACUUUGCUCAUGACGCCUUUGUAGCUUACUGUGUACAAGAUGGGGACUGGGUUUUACAGGAUCUUCUACCUAUCGUGGAAGAAGGCGAACACAUUAAGUUGUGUAUCCACGAAAGAGAUUUUCUUGGUGGACAACUGGUCAUUGAUAAUAUUCUACAACACAUGGAAAACAGUCGUAAAGUUCUUGUUGUUUUGUCCAAUGAUUUUGCUAGAAGUAAAUGGUGUCAAUUUGAAAUGAGUUUAGCUCAGAAAUUGGUUAUAGAUACGAGUAUAGAGUCUAUAGUAGUAGUAUUACUAGAGGAUAUUGAAGCAGUUAAUAUGAGUAAACCACUGAACGCUCUAUUGAAAACUACUACUUAUAUCAAAUGGCAAGAUAAUGACAACAAAGAUAUAUUUUGGCAAAUGUUAAAAACAUCGCUGAAACGUCAAUAUGAAUUAUAAUAAGAUUAAAGGUCAUUGAUCUGUUUACCGCAGUCGUUUCAUGGUCCGUAGUUCAAACGAUACAAGAACCCCACUCAACCCAAUCUGAGACUGUAUCCAUUUCUGAUGUUCGAAUACAGAAAUGGAAUAUCACUUGUUAACUGAAUUUGUACACCACGAAUGUUUUGGUUUGAUAUUAUUACUAGAAGUUUAAGUUCGACCAAUCUGACAUCCUCCUGUAGACAAUAUCAAUCUUUUGAUGGGCCUCUUUUUAACCUGAUUAAAUCCAACCAGGUAGAUAAUCUACAGUUGAUAUUUUCAUAGUAUUUUCGGAAUUAAACAGGCAUUAUGCAAGAGCUAAAUCUGCUUAUUUAGGCCUUUCUUUAGACCUGAAAUGUUGUAUAAAUUAUUAAUUAAACAUUAAUUAACUUACCCAGGCCAUAAUCAACUCUCGAUUCCAUCGGAUGGCUGCGAUAUAAGUAGAUUUAAAUACGUUUUGUGGUCGAUGCGGUUACUGUAACAAUGGAUAAUCGAGACUCUGCUUACGGUAGUAAUUGCAAUCGGGGCUAUGCUAUAUUUGUAUCGCCGAUAUCUAGGCUCGGUGUGAAGUAAUUUGACUUCUUUUCAUUGUCCUUGUUUUAACUAUUAUUGCGACAACUGUCAGAUCUUUAUCUAAUCUUACCUAAUGCAGCUAUAAAUGUUAACAUUUCAAUUUUAGAACAUUUGGCGUGGAUUAUAAUGUGAAAAAUGUAAAUGAAAAUAAGAUAUUGUUCGAAAAGACAAAAUGUAUGUACGACAUAGUGUGGCAAAGCUAGUUUUAUUUUGUUAGUAUUGUUUUAUUUAUAGUCUGUAGACGCCUAAAUAGUCGAGACUAAUAACAGCUAUAAUUAGAUUUGGGUCACUGUAGUUAUAUAUAUAGUGAGGGACUGGAUAUUUGAUAAUAUGUUACACUUAUGAAUAUGGAUCCAGCUCAUCGAUUAUUUCUACGCCGUCACCCACGAUACAAGGGUUAAAGCUAGUUUAGUCUCCCCACCCCACCCCAGCCCCACCCCCAUUUGCAUGGCGAUCUUUGUUGCAUUUUUGGUGUAGAUUUGAACAAAAAGAUUUGAAUAUGCAUUUUCUGCCAGGUAUUGGUGAAUAUUCAUGAUUUUGAGGCGGAAGGAUUCAAGAGUUAAGAGGUUGGCCAGGUUGAAGUGUAGGGUGGAAAAUUGCCUGUUGAUUUAUCUCUUCUUCUAGUUUGUGUAUCUCAAGUUUUCAUGAUGAACACAACACGUGCUUUUGGGCAAGAGAUUUCCACAUGUUGCUCCAUCAGUGGUAGAAAGCAUUCUACCCUACGACAAUUUGGGAAAAGUUAGACCGGUCUAAGAGACAAGAAUUAACGUUAAAGUCAACGUGGAAAUCACUGGUGAUCUGUAGUCAUAUUAUUAGUAUUAUUAUCCCCAUUUACUUAAAUAGCUGAAUUUGAAUGAAUAGCAAAUCCUACGAUAUAUUUAACGUAACUAACAUGUUCUUUUGUAUGUCAACUUUAUCAUAAAUCACAUUGUGCCCAUCUGUUUAAUAAUGUUGAAUUUAUAUUGUUGACAAUGCAUACUUUGUUUACUUAAGGCGCGUAUAGUUUAUAAUUUUGCAUGACCAGGGAAUGAAAACUCAGAUUCGUUGCCAUCCUUUCGAGUCGGCCACGCAAACGUGUUAACCUGCACUAGUACCCUGGUUCAGUUUUUCUCACUUGGAUAUCCGUCUCUCGUGGGCAUCAUUGGUUUCCCCCGUGGAUCAUAUUCCGUUCUACUCCACUAUACCCCACAGGCGCCUGUAACGUGGAUAAUAUUUCAAAAGUAACGUUAGGCCUAAGCUAUAUGAUUAUAAGUGUAGUGUCUAAAGUCUGUUACGACCAUAUGGUCUGAAUCCGAUUUCUAAUUCAAGGCCAAAUCACUCGCCUAAAACCGAUUCUCUUUCAGUCCAUAUAAUAAUACCAAUGUGAAAAUAACCUGGGUUAAUCCAUAUGAUUUCAAAUUAUCUGCUAUGACCUUGAUUGUAGCUUGAGACUACGAACCAAUCCAAAAAAUAGUUUACAAACCAGUCUUACUAAUGAAACGGCUUUCGUUUCGCUUUUGUUUUUUUAAGGGUAAAUAAACCCAAUCAUGACCAUUUACUGAAUGAUUUAUGUAAAUAAUGUAUAUAUUUCUAAUUCAUUUAUAUUUUAUUGUAUUAUCAAAAUCUGUAGUGUGUUUUACUCAUUUCAAAUAUGUAUAACGUGUAUAUGUUUCACUUUUGUUAUAAUUAAUACUAUUCGUUCUUUGUCUGAAAUGUUUCUAAACUAUUACCAUUCUGUUAUGUUUAUAAUUAUUAUAGAUAUACUUGGUAAUAUAAUUUGGUGGCGUGUGAUGGUGUUUUACCUAAAUAAGUGGUUCGGUUCAAUCGCUGGGGGUACUCUCUCUGAUACUCGAGUAUAAAGGAUGAGUUUUUUGGGGGGGUUUUAUUACAAAAACGAGGGGGGUUGGGAUGGUCUAGGGUGUCACGCUUCGACCUCUAGCUGGCCGGUCACCUCUGGCUUGCGGUUGUGGUUUCGAUCCCUGGUGUGAGCGUAUGUGGCAUGGAGAUAGGGGCGCCUUCUCAACCUCGUGGGUUUACUCCAGUUUCCUCCCACAGGAAAGACCCCUGCGCGUGCGCUAAGAUAAUGAAAAUAAAAAAAAGACAACUUGUCUGCGAUAUCACCUUCGGUGGAAGCGGACGUUAAACACUAACAACAACAACAACAACAUUACAAAAACGCCAAAUUCAGAUAUCAUUCUCAAUAAAACUCUUGAAUCUACAUAUGUAAA